UCUACACUAAUAUUGUCCUACAGUCCACAAGUUGUAGUUAUUAAGUUUUAAAAUAUUAUUAAUAAAAAAAAAAAAAAUGUUAAAUUAAUCUUUAUUAUUAUUACGGGUUUUAGUGAUUGGAGUUCGGACAUCUAAGUUACAGAACAGAAAAAAUCAUACUAUGUCUAUUACCUAUAAACGUAACGGUAAUUUUUUCUGUGCUUCAAAUGUCUGUAAGUUUUUAUGAGGUUUAACAAGACGCAGUCAGUAACAAAACAACUUUUUAAAUCAAUCGUUAACACUUUAAAGCUCACUAUUCUAGUCUCUACUGUUUCUUCGGUCUGGUUGACUUCAACGCCUUGAAUAACUGAGACAAGUGACGGCCCACCAAAAUCAGUGUUUAACCUAUCACUUGGUACCAGUUAUACAGACAAUUGUAUUUAUGAGGACAUUUCAUUUUCCAACCAUGUCCAUAUCGUUGUGGUCGAUACUGAAUAGAUUCAACACCGAUAAAUCUGCAUCGUACAGCCGCCUGUCAACUGGCACUGGACACUUUCGUAUCACUGUUUGGGAUCCAGUGUUGAUUAUUGCUCAAAUAGUGUCUAUUCAAUGUCUUUACUACUUCACCAUGUGUGUUUGGAUCACUGUUAUCAGCUAUGUUAUUGGAACUUCAAGAUCAUUGGAUAUUAUAUUUGAAUUUAAAGAAUUGAGUAAGGUAAACAGUGAAAAAUUUGUUAUUGCUGUGUUUGCAUUGAAUGCACUUAGCGGGGCUACAUUCAUUUGGCGUGUUGUCGAACGAUAUCGAUUGUGUUUAGAUUUUUCUUGUACAAUACACACCAUACACUUGGCAGCUUGUAUGUGGUAUAACAAUGCACUGCCCACUCCGUUUUGGUGGUUAUUAAAUGCUUCAUGUGCAGCAAUUACAUGUAUAUGUGCUGAAUUUCUGUGUAUGCGGACAGAGUUAAACACAAUACCUGUAAAUAGUGGGCAAACACCAAAAGUUGAUUUGUAAAUAACACUGUAAAAAUAUUGAUUUUUAAAUUAACUAAAAACGCUUAGGAUUAAUUUUAAAAAUAUUAAUAAGUUAUUUAUU